UUCUUGUUUUGUUGUACUCUCUACCAGCAGGCCAAAGGACACUGAAGAUAAAACAAUAUUUACUCAAAAGUUCAGAGACGUAGUGCAUGUUGGGAGAUGAGUUUGCACUUAGUAUUUACAAAAUCUUUGGGUUAUAAACUUUCAAUUGCAUUUAUGCAAAGCGCAUCAAUGGAUCUCUUCACAGUCCUGGCGAUUUGUCUGUCUUGUUUGAUUCUCCUUUUUCUAUGGAACCGAAGCUAUGCCCAAGGAAAGCUGCCACCUGGCCCCAUCCCUCUCCCACUCGUUGGAAAUAUUCUGCAGAUCAAUAUGAAAAACUUCAAUGAAUCCUUAAGAAAGCUAGCGGAGGUCUACGGCCCGGUGUUCACUGUGUACUUGGGCACGCAGCCCACGGUGGUGCUGCACGGGUACGCCGCCGUGAAGGAAGCCCUGAUCGACCGGGGCGAGGAGUUUGCUGGCAGAGGCAGUUUCCCAGUGAUAGACUACCUCUCCCGGGGAUUAGGAAUUGUUUUCAGCAAUGGAGAAAUGUGGAAGCACACCCGGCGUUUCUCCCUCAUGGUUUUGCGGAACAUGGGCAUGGGCAAGAAGACCAUUGAAGACAGAAUUCAAGAGGAAGCCUUGUGUCUGGUGGAAGCUUUAAAGAAAACCAACGCAUCUCCCUGCGACCCUUCUCUCCUCCUGGGCUGUGCUCCCUGCAAUGUGAUCUGCUCCGUUAUCUUCCAGAGCCGCUUUGAGUACAGCGACGAGAGGUUGCUGACCUUGCUACACUAUUUUAAUGAAAACUUGAGGAUUAUAAGCAGCAUUUGGAUACAGCUCUACAAUGCUUUCCCCUAUUUAAUGCAUUAUCUCCCAGGAAGUCAUAAUGAAUUCUUUAACAACUUUACUGAACAGAAAAAAUUUAUUUUGGAGCAAAUAAAAGAACACCAGGAAUCCUUGGACCUCGGUAACCCUCGAGACUUUAUUGACUACUUCAUGAUUAAAAUGGAAAAGGAAAAGUACAAUAAACAGUCUGUGUUUACCAUGGACAACUUGAUCACUACCAUAUGGGAUAUGUUUAGUGCGGGAACGGAGACAACGACCCCAGCUAAAGCCCAGGAAGAGAUUGACCGUGUGGUCGGCAGAGAGCGGAGCCCUUGCAUGCAGGACAAGAGCCACAUGCCCUACAUGGAUGCCGUGAUCCACGAGAUUCAGAGAUACAUUGACCUCGUCCCCAACAACCUGCCCCACCUGGUGAACCAGGACAUUAAGUUCAGAGGAUACUUUAUUCCGAAGGGCACAGCCAUAGUCACAUCCCUGACUUCUCUCCUGCAUGAUGACAAAGAGUUUCCCAACCCAGAUCAGUUUGAUCCCGGCCACUUCCUAGAUGAAAGCGGCAACUUUAAGAAGAGCAACUACUUCAUGCCCUUUUCAGCAGGAAAAAGAGUGUGUGUUGGAGAAGGCCUGGCCCGCAUGGAGCUGUUUUUACUACUGACCCACAUUUUACAGCAUUUCACCUUGAAACCUCUGGUUGAUCCGAAGGACAUUGACACCAGCCCAGUUGUCAGUGGGUUCGGCUCUGUACCUCCCUCCUAUGAGCUUUGUUUCGUUCCCGUCUGAGGAAGGGGCAGGUUGC